AUGACAGCAAAUUGUUCCAGCAGCUCAGCUUGCCCUGCCAACAGUUCGGAGGAGGAGUUGCCAGUGGGACUGGAGGCAUAUGGGAACCUCGAACUUGUUUUUACAGUGGUGUCAGCUGUGAUGAUGGGUCUGCUCAUGUUCUCUCUGGGAUGCUCCGUGGAGAUCCAGAAGCUAUGGAUGCACAUCAGGAGACCCUGGGGCAUCGCUGUUGGACUGCUCUGCCAGUUUGGGCUCAUGCCUUUUACAGCGUAUCUCCUGGCCAUCAGCUUUUCUCUGAAGCCAGCCCAAGCGAUUGGUGUUCUCAUCAUGGGGUGCUGCCCAGGGGGAACCAUCUCUAACAUUUUCACCUUCUGGGUUGACGGAGAUAUGGAUCUCAGCAUCAGUAUGACAACCUGUUCUACAGUGGCUGCCCUGGGAAUGAUGCCACUCUCCCUUUAUCUCUACACCUGGUCCUGGAAUCUUAAGCAGAAUCUCACCAUUCCAUAUCAGAACAUAGGAAUUACCCUUGUGUGCCUGACCAUUCCUGUAGCCUUCGGUGUCUACGUGAAUUAUAGGUGGCCAAAACAAUCCAAAAUCAUUCUCAAGACCGGGGUCAUUGUCGGAGGGGUCCUCCUUCUGGUGGUCGCAGUUGCUGGUGUGGUACUGGCAAAAGGCUCUUGGAAUUCAGACGUCACCCUUCUGUCCAUCAGUUUCAUCUUUCCUUUGAUUGGCCAUGUCAUGGGCUUUCUGCUGGCACUUCUUACCCAACAAUCUUGGCAAAGAUGCAGAACGAUUUCCUUAGAAACUGGAGCUCAGAACAUUCAGAUGUGCAUCACCAUGCUCCAGUUGUCUUUCACUGCUGAGCACUUAGCCCAGAUGUUUAUCUUCCCAUUGGCCUAUGGCCUCUUCCAGCUGCUGGAUGGAUUUCUCAUUGUUGCAGCAUAUCAGACAUACAAGAGGAGAUUGAAGAACAAACACAGAAAAAAGAACCCAGAUUGUGCAGAAGUCUGCCAUAAGAAGAAAUCCACUUCUUCCAAAGAAUCCAGGGCCUUCUUGGAGGUGAAUGAAGAAGUUGCCGUAACUCCUGAGCCAUCAAGGCUAAUGGAUCGCCACAGGGCUCUCGAGCCUGUCGGGCACAUCACUUCUUGUGAAUAGUGGGGACUUGCUGGCCAGACU